AUGCGUGCAAGCUUUUCCGCCUUAGCUGCGGCUCUCUUGAGCUUGCAUGCUUCCACUGCGUAUGGAAUAACUUGCAAUUCGGAUUCUGCUCUGGGCACCGGGGAAUCUCUCUCUGCUAAAGAUGCCCUGGAAGGCGCGAAUAGUCACGCCGUUAACGAUCUCUGCAACUCCAACAGCAAUGGCGCCAUUACUUACCACUCUGGCUUGGUAACUUUCAGCGUCACUGGCACCAACGCCAAUCUGGGUGCUGCAGACUGCAAGUCUGUUUUCCAGUCCAUUGUCCAGCAAUGUAUUGUGGAGAAGGGCUUCUCCGGUGGAUCCCUGAAUGCUUAUGGAGGGCGUUUUGAGGUGUAUCGGGACAGUGGACUUGAACGCAGGGGAAAGAAGAAGCCUCCGACGAAACCUCCGCCAUCGAAGCCCACGUCCAAGAAAGCGGACGCUCCGCCGAAGACGAGCGAGGCACCUCCACCUCCUUCUAGUGCGGCUCUUCCGCCGCCACCGCCUCCGUCAAGUGCUCCACCUCCACCUCCUCCAUCGUCAAGCAGGGCUCCACCGCCUUCUUCGACCGCGCCUGCUCCAUCGACGUCUUCGGUACUGAGCGCAAGCGCGCAGGUGUCUUCAAGUACUCCAGCACCCAGCACCAAGAUUUCUAGCUCGGCGGGGUUUUCAGUCUCUACCACCGGCGCUUCCAACUCUGGGGUAUCUACCUCCCUGGCUUCUGGCUCAACGGCUUCUACUUCUAGUGCUACCUCGGCUCUCUCCACGACCUCCACCUCACUGGUGUCUUCACAGACCAGCAGUGCUACUACCGUUUCUGGAACCUCGAGCUCUGCAACGCUCUCUCUAUCAACCUCUUCCAUCUCUAGCACAACUUCCUCGGUCUCAUGCGUCUCUGGAACAAAGACAUUGUCCGGAGCUGCCUGCAGUGCAACAACUUCUUCAUGCAAGAUCGCGAACCCCGACCGGGGUAUCGAUGUUGAUGAUGUGAGCGGACGCGGAUUAGGAUAUCGCAGUCCGCGCCACGCUAUGCUUCAAAAGCGGGACCGCAAGUCAGGAAACCCGUGCUGGGAGAAGGGACAGAGCGACGAAACGUAUAAGAGCUUCUCUCUGGAGUCUAACCCUUACCCGUCGAACGGCGACCUGCCCGCCACCGCCAAAGCCUACGGAUACGAACUGCAAAACGACUACUGCUCCUACAAGUGGCAAUCAGGCAGCGCAAAGAUUCCCAGCAACAAGUACGACAGCGAGCAUGUCAUGGAAUGGCAGCUCGUCACCGACUUCUUCCGCGGUAUCUCCAAAAGCGGAGGGGAUGCUUGGGUGCACCCGGAUCCAGCCCAGAACGGCAAGAAAGUCAACUUUUGCACGUAUUGGAUCGAGAGCUGGGGUGGUGCGAACAAAGACGGCGUCUCCGGCUUUGCUAUCGAUAGUAGCUCGGCACUGACGCCUUGGGAGCAUAUUGCGGGCGCUUAUCCAAGCACGAUGAAGAAUAAGGAUGAGUUUGUGACACUGCAGGAUAAUAUUAACAAGCCUGCGAAGGCAAAUCUGUUCGACGAGCGCGUACCGUAUGUCUGGACCGAGGCCACCAUGAACUCGUACGCCCAAACCACCAAAAAGCGCGACAAAGUCCUCGAGCGCCUCCGCCAGCUCCACGGCGCGCAACUCUAUCUCGUCGAAACGACCAUCAAAAAGAUCUUCAAGGACCAAAAGACGCGCAUGGGCGACAUCCUCGGCAAGCUCGACACGCAAAUGACCAGCCAUCCCCGCACAGCAGUCGAUCCGGCGACGAGCACCGUGACGACGUACACGGCGUGGGCGAAGCAGGAUCUGAAGGACAAGUGGGAUAGCUAUAUGGAUAAGAAGUGGGAGGCGGCUGUGGACAAGCAUAAGAAGGUUUUUGAUAAGUAUUAUAAGGCGUUGCACGACAAGUGGUGCAAGAAGACACCGGAUGCGAAGGACGCGCCGUUGGUGUUGUUUUGCAAGAGGCUUGCGAAUCUGAAAAAUAACCAUGAUGGGGCGGGGGCUUUUGCGAAGCCUUGGUGA